CACAUUUCUACCGACUUUUUGACGAACGUGGCAACGGUGUUCAAUGGCAAGUGGUGGAUGCGUACACAGAAUUUACAAAGAUCUGGUGUUUGUUGUUGUGCACAGUGAAUUUGUUGCGAGUAUUCAAAAAUGUUUUCAGGUUGUUUUAGCGGCAAUUAUAGCAUUGUUAUCAUUGAUAGACAAUUUUCAAAGACAAUGGGACGUCGGAAGUGCAUUCUUUGUGGAGUUAGCAGUGAAAAAACUGAGGCAACCUUCCACAGGUUUCCUAGUGAUAAGAAAAAACAAGAAGAAUCUCCAAUGGGUGAAUGAAAAGAUGAAAGUUAAACUUGGCGUCCAGACUUUGAGCAAGAGUGUUGCAGAAGCAUUGGACUUUUUGAACAAAGAUCUGGCUAUGGCUGUCUUCAAGGAUUCAGAAGCUACAGCAUAUUUUUGUAGAACAGUAAACAAUUUAUUUGAUGUUUUUAAUUCAAGGAAUAGGAUGUCAAAAAAACCUUAUGAGAAACCCUUGUCACCUGCUACUGAACAAUAUUUCAAUUUCUUAGAAGAAGCGAAGGAUUAUUUGAAAUCGUUAAAAUUAGGAGACACUAGAGUUAUACUUUCUAGAAGAAAAUUAGGAUUUUUGGGAUUCAUAAUUUCAAUAAACAGCCUGUAUGAAUAUAGAGUCAAAGAAACCAAAGAGCUGAAGUACCUUCUCACAUAUAAGUUAUCUCAAGAUCAUUUGGAAAUUUUCUUCAGUUGUGUAAGAAGCAAAGGAGGAUACAGCAAUAAUCCUACCUCGAAGCAGUUUCAAAAUAUUUUAAAAAAAUUAUUACUUCAUACUGAAAUAAGUGGCAAUGAAGCAUCCAAUGUCGUGGCAUUAGAUAGCACAUCCAUUUUGCACUGUUCAUCAUCAUCUUUAGAGAUCAAAAUUAAUGAGGAUAUGACCUCAUCAUUAAACAGUAUAGAGGAAGAUGAAGAUUUUAUACAAUUUAAAAACAUUCUUCGAAUAAGUCCUUGGUAGCUUAAACUGUAUUUGGAAGAUGUUGUUGCAUAUGUUGCAGGUUUUGUUGUGAAGAGGCUAAAAAAGUCUAUAAAAUGCCAGAGUUGUUUAGAUUUGUUAGAAACUUCAGGAGAGUCUAUAUCGAAAUUACAAAUAAGAAGAACGUAUGGAAAAUUAGUUAAAGCCUCCGCUUUUGUAAUAAAUGUGUGUAAAUAUGAAGAACAUUGCUUUAGGUUAUAUAAGGAAAGGUUAGAAGUUGGCAAAAAAAUAUGACAAGAGCUUCACAAAUAUUAACAAAUUAUACAUUGCAAAAUUUACCUCUUGGAUUCGGAAAUGUGUUUAAGGACCAUGUAUUCGAAGAUGA